UUUAUACUUCUCUGUCACCCUUAUUUAUUACUUCACAGGACAUAGUAAUAAAAUUCAAGAUGUUUUACCACAUCAGUAGUAAUUGUCGGUAGGGUCACUGUCUCGCAAAUGUCUGAAGCGCAAUAUCUAAUAUGCGGGUGAUAUGGUGAAAGGAAUCAGUAGAUGUAGUCAUACGCCUACAAUGACUUGUUUUAAUAAUUCUUCCAUAAAUAUGAAGCUGUGUCAGAAACUGUGCUUUGUUGGAGCAAUGUCGGUUAUCUUGGCGACAGUGUGCUUCGCAAUAGUCAAACCUGCUCUCAUUUUAUACAGUUUCUCCAUCCUGUUCUUGAUACUGAUUUUGAUACGAGGAUAUAACUACUGGUAAAUUGUGUUACACUUUCGGGGUUAAUGGAUUCAGGAGAAAUAAGUAUCUACUGUUCAUGUUGGACCAAUGUUAUUUUAUUAACUAUGUGUCUUUGAUUUUCAUAUGGAUCUUGCCACAAUCACACAUCAUGCAGAUGUUUCAAUUCGGUCUGGCCAAUGCUCAUGCUUAUGGAGGAACGUUUCUCUUCCGCAAUGCACUCGUCCUCCAUGAUAUCCAAAGGCUUACUUCGUGCUUUAUACACGUUCUUCCAGCUCUGUUCUCUUUCUUAAUCAGAUGGUAUCCUUCAGAGACAUCAGUGUGGUGGUAUACUGACUUAUUUGAUUCACAUGCCACUCGAGGAUUGUUAUUUUGGAAUACUAAUGUUGAUUGGUUUUGGCUUGUUGCGGCUCCCUCUUUGUUUCAUCUUUUACGUGAAGUACUCUAUUAUAUUAUUAUCUAUGGGAUUGUAAGACCUAGUGAUGAAUAUCUGGACAGCUUUCGAUAUUUACAUAAAAAGAAAAUAUUAUGGCGUAUCUUUUGGAAACAUAUUGAUAAACGAUUGCAUUUAAUUAGUUGGAUUGCAUUCAAUUUAAUCCUGAGCACUAUUCUCCUAUUGAUUGCUGUUAUAGCCUGGUCAAAUUACCUAUUUCAUGUAACAAUGUUGAUUGUUCAAACACUAACAUUAAUAUGGAAUGGUGCAUGUUAUUACCUGGACUAUUUUCCAAUUGAAUGUAGGCGUCAUCUCCACUUGGAACCGGAGAAAACUAUUAUUAGUAUAUCUAGAAAUGAGAACAAUAAUACUGCUACUACUAAUAAUAACAAUAUUAGUAGUAUUAAUAAUAAUAAUAAUCAGACAGGUACUGAACAGAUAACAGAUGAUGUCUAUGGUAGUGUAGCCGCGAGUUUAUUUUCACGUUAUCCCCUGCCAGAAGAAAUCAAUGCUGGAAUACUUAGCAAUGGGCAUACGCUAGCUGAUGAAGAAAAGUGUUUGCCUUUUGAAGGUGUUGAUACGCACUAGAAUUGUUAUUACUACUAUUAUUAUUAUUAUCAUUGUCUUACCAGAGAUCUUGUUUGUUUUUUUCCCUCCCAAAUAUUUGUCAUCAAUCCAAAGAUAUUGUUGUUGUUGUCGUUGCUGUUAUAUUCCAUAAAAUUUAGCGCCUACUAUCCAACUACUACUGUCUUCAUCCCUACAUCUACACUACUUCAUCAUUGGUUAAGGCGAUUGUCUUAAUCAAUAGUUAUGUAAUAGAUCUCAUUUGUACGAAUAGGCUAUCAUGUAGGAUGUAUAAUCCAGCUUUAUACAAGUAUAUUUAUAUAUAUACUACUCACCAUCCGGUGCUUUGACUGGUUAUGAUGUAUCAUGUCCACUUCUCUCUUUUUGUAUGUAUAGGAUUUUACAUCUCCUGAAAAAAAAAACAUUGAUAUGUUUUUCUUUUUCUUCAUAGAUCUCUUGUUCCUUUCCACAGUGUGUUGUUAUAUAUAAUAAAUAUGAUAUUAUAUACUAAUAACAACAUAGCAGUACUACUUACUGAUAAUGAGUUAGUUAUAUAUUACUGAAUUCUACGACCUUUAUUAUCUUAACUUUUAUAACCUUUUUUAUUUUGUACAGUUAGUCGUCUUAGAUUUCAUUUAAUCUCUCAGAGUUGAAAAAAUUGAUACUUUAACGUUGAACAACACUCACUGUUGGUGGUGGUGUUAUCGUUAUUAAUUCCCAUUAGAAUAUAUAAUAAGAUGGUACCAAUUGUAUAAUGAUAUUUCUUUAUAAGACCGGUUUUUAAUUACUAUUUUUU